UAACAAGAAAUAGAGACGGAAUAGAGAAGAAAAACAAACACCAAAAAAACGCGGACCGUGUGACCGGUGAAAAGAUUAUUCGUGGCAGGGUGAAAAUUCGUAGAAUUUUCUGGCACAGAACCUUUUAAAGCACAUAUACUCUGGGCAAAGAAUACAAUCUUCCUUCGGAGUUGCAGACAAAGUUUUAAGUCUUUAUAAUACUUUUCUACUCGGUGUUGCAGACAAAGCUUUAAGUUUUUUUAGCAGUACUGUUUUCUGGGUUUAUAAGAUGGCAGCACAGCAGAAUAAGCCCGCUACAGGGUACCCUGCACCAGGACAGCCGAGCUACGCCAUGGGACCAGGCGCUUACAACUCAGGCUAUGCGCAGCCCUACCCGGCUUACCAGGCCCGCCCCCCCGGGCCUUACAGCAGGCACAAUUUCAUGUUUCGCCGCAUUUUGGCCUUGAUCAUAACCCUGGCAGUCUUGGCGGGCAUAGCUAUUCUCAUUACCUGGCUCGUCCUUCGCCCGCACAGGCCCAAGUUUUAUGUCGAGAAUGCCACUGUCUCGAAGCUCAAUCUGAAUGCGGAUCACCUGAACAGCACCAUGACAUUCAACAUCACAUCUAGGAAUUCCAACAAGAAAAUCGGGAUUUAUUAUGAUGCCAUUUAUGCUAAGGGGUUUUAUGACCGCCAUAUGAUUGGGUACAACCAGCUGGAGGAGUUUUAUCAGGGGCAUAAGAGUACUAAGGCUAUUUUGUGCUCUUUGAGUUCCAAUGACUUGCUCUUGGAAGGCAAGGCAUCGAACGAUUUGACGCAGGAUUUGGCCAGGAAGAGCGUUGACAUGACUGUAAGGUUGGACGCAUGGAUUCGAUUCAAGGUCGGCGAUUGGACUACCAGGCAUUAUACAAUGAUUGUAUACUGCGAUAUCACGAUUGAUUGGAAUGGCUCUUCUGGCCACUUGGCUCGCCCUAAAAGGUGUGAUGUAGAUAUAUGAUUUCAAUCUUAGGGUUUGGGUUGAUAUGUAGUGGGGUUAUUGAGAUUUCUUUGUUUCUUUUUUAUUCUGACAUGGGUUAGGGGUUGGGUUUUUACUUUGUGCAUAUGGUGAAACUUUGUAAAUGCUAUAUACGCAGAAUCUGUAGGGUCUGUAAUAUUUUAUUUCUCGUUUGCCCCCGGCACUUUUUUUGGGGGUAAUACGGCAAAGAGUUUCUACAUAUUUGGAAAUGAAGAUAUGGCUAGGGUUUGUAAUAUUCAGUUUAAAUGGAAAUAUGAUUAGGGCUUGUAUUAUUCA